AUGGAGCAUAUUAAUAAUGAGGAAAUUCCAUCAGCACCAGCAACACCAGGCACUCCAGGUGUACCUCUUUUUGGUGGUUUUAAGUCAGAGAGAAAUGAGCAUAGUAGUAAUAAGAAAAAAAAGUCCCUCCUGAAGAAUUGUCAAUGCUUUGGUGUCAAAGAAUGGACCUUAGAAGACGGAGCUCUACCCACAGUCACUUGCUCAUUAAUGGCACCCCCUCCUGUCCCUCUUGCAAAAAAGAUAGGAGCUGAGUUUAUAGGGACAUUGAUUCUGAUGUUUGCUGGCACAGCCACUGCUAUUGUGAACCAAAAGACAAAUGGGUCGGAGACUCUGAUUGGAUGUGCUACCUCUACUGGUCUUGCCGUUAUGAUCAUCAUCCUUUCCACCGGCCACAUCUCUGGUGCUCAUCUCAACCCUGCAGUCACUAUUUCCUUUGCUGCGUUGAAGCACUUCCCGUGGAAGCAUGUGCCUUUGUAUAUUGGAGCACAAGUUUUGGCAUCAAUAUGUGCCGCAUUUACUCUCAAAGGGGUUUUUCACCCUUUCAUGAGUGGUGGAGUCACCGUUCCUUCCGGGGGAUAUGGCCAAGCUUUUGCUUUAGAGUUCAUUAUCAGCUUUAACCUCAUGUUUGUUGUCACCGCAGUGGCCACUGACACAAGAGCCGUAGGAGAACUAGCAGGAAUUGCGGUGGGAGCAACUGUGAUGCUCAAUAUACUCAUAGCAGGGCCAAUAACAGGAGCGUCCAUGAACCCAGUAAGAACUCUAGGUCCAGCUAUUGCUGCAAACAACUACAAAGCCAUAUGGGUCUAUCUAUUAGCUCCCAUACUUGGAGCUCUAGGUGGGGCAGGUACUUAUACCGCAGUCAAGCUACCCGAAGAAGACGAUAAGACAAAGUCUAAUGCUUCUUCAAACCACCCCAGCUUCACAAGACGAUGAUCAACUUCUUCGGUCUCCAUGCUCAUCCAUCAUCAUAAAACAACUCAUGACAGACGACAUGAUGAUUUUGCUUUGAUAUAUAUAAUAUAGAACUUGUGUGAAAAGCGAACACGCGAAGACGAGAAUCAUCUGGCAUGUGGCGUGUGCACAAAUUAGAUAUACAAAAUAUAAAUGUGUGAAGGUGUAUGAUGUCUGUAUAAUGUAUCAACAUCUAUCUAUUAAAUUAAAUCGUAGCAAACAAAAUGAGUGCAAUCUCAGUUUGGAAAUAAUCAAUUAGGUUUAAAAAAAUAUUCGUUACCGUGAAAACGGCCGCGUCAAAAUGG